GCUCGAGCGGUCGCGGGAGGAGGAGGAGCUGCUCAGGCCGCGCCGCCCUCAGCCGCCUCAGCCGGGCAGCGCCGCUCGGACCCGGACCCGGACCCGGACGCGCCGCCGCCGCCGCCUCGCCGCCCGCCCGCCCGCGCCUCCCUCACCAUGACGAAGAGCGAGAAGAAGUCCUUCCACCAGAGCCUGGCCGAGUGGAAGCUCUUCCUCUACAACCCGACCACCGGGCAGUUCCUGGGGCGCACCGCCAAGAGCUGGGGUCUCAUCUUGCUCUUCUACCUAGUGUUCUAUGGGUUCCUGGCUGCGCUCUUCACACUUACAAUGUGGGCUAUGCUUCAGACCCUGAAUGAUGAAGUUCCGAAAUACCGCGACCAGAUCCCCAGCCCAGGACUUAUGGUUUAUCCAAAACCAGUGAGUGCAUUGGAAUAUACAUUUAGCUUAUCAGAUCCGAAUUCCUAUAAAGGAUAUAUUAACGAUCUUAAGAGGUUUCUAAAAUCAUAUUCUUUAGAAGAACAAAAGAAUCUCACCUCGUGUCCUGAUGGAGCACUCUUUGUACAGAAGGGUCCAGUUUAUGUUGCGUGUCAGUUUCCUGUGUCCUUACUUGAAGCUUGCAAUGGUACCAAAGAUCCCGAUUUUGGCUACUCCCAAGGCCAGCCUUGUGUUCUUGUGAAAAUGAACCGCAUCAUCGGAUUAAAGCCUGAAGGGGAACCAAAGAUAGGAUGUGUUACAAAGGAUGAGACCUCGCCAGCCAACAUCUCGAUGUACCCCAGCCAGGGGGCCAUCGACUUGAAGUACUUCCCCUACUACGGCAAGAAGCUGCACGUGGGGUACCUGCAGCCGCUCGUGGCCGUCCAGGUGGCCUUCGGCGCGAACAGCACGAGCAAGCAGGAGGUGACCGUCGAGUGCAAGAUCGAGGGCUCCCCGAACCUGAGGAACGAGGACGAGCGGGACAAGUUCCUGGGCCGGGUCGUGUUCAAGAUGACGGCGCGCGCCUAGGAGGCGCGGGCGGCCACGGAAUAAACGCCGGUGCUCGGCCUGGUGUGUCCGCUAGACUGGGGAGGCCGCCCGGGGACGCCGCGCUCCGCGGCUGCCCGCCCUCCGCCCGGGGACCGGGCCGGGCCGCCGUCGAGUCCAAAGCUUGCCGCGCCGCGCCCUGUAAAUACUGAGUGGAGUGACACUGGUUCCCGUCGGAUUCGACGCCCACAGCCGGCGCCUGGCUGCGAGGGGGGGACGGGCUGCCGGCGAGGAGGGAGGAAAU